GUAACACGAUUAUUACAAUACCGAUGUUGACGUAUCUAGUCAUCGCGAUCAGAAUUUGGAUACGACAUCAAGGGAGAUGCGGCAGGCUUUUGACGUUUAAAGCGACUUUCAAAGUGACUCGAUUGGUAUUCUGUGGUAUCCUGUGUCUCGCUAUCUCGAAAAGACAAAUAAAUAUGAUAUUUUCUCAUUUAAUCAAAAUAAAGUUCAUUUCUUUGAUAAAAAUCAUCUACUAUUGUUUGUUAUUAUGGCAUGCAGCCAAUUACGGCCGAAUAAAACGAGCGUCUGCGUGCUCAUUAGUUUACUACCUUGUGAAGGAUGCCCGAUUGUUACUUGUUUCAGCGGGAUUUCGGCAUCACCCUCUGAAUUAUUCUGACUCUGUGCAUUCAAUUUUAGGUCUGUCAUUUCAUCCGGCAUCGACCACUGUUUCGAACGGGGUUGAGAGGACCGCCUCGUCGAUGCAACCGCGUCUGAUCGGACACAAGAACCUGCAGCGCAAUUGCACCUACACCCCGGUGAUGCCGUCGUUCAAGGACUUGGCCACGCUCUGGAUGGUUAAACAGCGCAACAACGUGUUCUCGUAUCGUUGCGAACAGUGCGGCAAAGGUUACCAGCAUCGCGCCACCUUGCUGAGGCAUACGCGACAUGAAUGCGGGAAGGAGCCGCAGUUCAAGUGUCCAUACUGUGCUCAUAGGACUAAGCAGCGCGGCAACUUGUAUCAACACAUCCGCACAAAUCAUCCCGGCAAAAACGUCUUCUCUAGCAGUAUUUAGUGCUCGUCGUAACUGCGGCUUCGAAAGCUGUUCUUCCUGAUUACUCCAUUUCUUUUUAAUCCGGUAGCUCUGGUUUUUCGUAUGCAUUGACUGUAGAUGAAAACCGCUGACAACGUUUACCAGAGAAAGUAGCUUACUAAGCGUUUUAUGAUUAUUGCCUAUGAUUGGAAUAUUUUCUUAGAUACAAGAGAAUAUACCAAUCAGAAGCAAUACCCGGGAUAUAAUUUCUUAUAUGUACAUGGAAAAAAAUUUGGUUGCGUUAACCAGAAAGGGAACAACCAGAUGCGUUCUGAUUAAA